GGACUGUACCACAAAAAUGGCUGCUGUAGGUGACAACACCUCAUCAGUCGCAGAAAAGUUUAAACAUUUAUCUAUCGAAAACAAAACGGGCUUUGGAGCUGCUGAAAAUGAUCAAAUAAAUAUCUUAUCAAACAAUAGUUUACCUUUGCAAGAAGUAUAUAAACUUGCAUUAAACUUUUAUAAAGAAAAAGAAGGUAAAGCUGUUCAUUUAAGUUAUGAAGAUAAAUUGCAGUUAGUUGCCUUUUCGCAACAAGUUUCACACGGUCCUUUAUCAGAAGCAGUAUCAAAGUUACCCCCUUUAGGAGCCUUAGACGUUGUGGGUCGUGACAGACGAUUAGCGUGGCAAAAAUUAGGAAAUUUAGAUGCAGACCAAGCAAGAAGAGGUUUUGUCGAACUACUUUAUAGGCGUUGUCCUUUAUUCAAUGCUUAUACGGAAGCUCAUAGAUGUGAAAAAGAAGAACAAGAAAGACUAAUAGAAGAAGAGAGAAAACGUAGGUUAUUGGAAGAAGAAGAAAGAAAAAAACUAGAAGCUGAAGAAAAAUUGAAACGAGAACAGUUAGAAAAAGAAGAAUUAAUUAAACAGCAAAUAAAACAAGCUCUUAAUCAGCAAACUUAUGAACAAUUUAGGAAUUAUGCUGAGCAACAAUUUCCAGGGGAUCCUGAGAAACAGGGCACGCUAAUUAAACAAUUACAAGAGCAGCAUUACAUUCAGUAUAUGCAGCAAUUGCAGGCAGUUCAUAGGGAUGAAGAAAUAAUACUAAAGGGGACAGAUAAUGAGGUGAAUGCAAAUGAGGAGAAAACUCAGACAACAGAACAAUCUUCUGAUGAUCUAAAUAAUGGUUCUCCUCCUGCACUCUCAUCUCUUUCUGAAACACUUGUACCGGCGAAUAUGUGGACACGAUCAGAUAUUCAGGCAUUUAAACAGGCUGUGUCACAGGCUGAGGGUGAUGGGGUAGUAAGAGUUGGUCAUGGUGAGACUGUAACGGUUAGGGUGCCUACACACAAAGAUGGAUCAAGAAUUUUUUGGGAAUUUGCAACCGAUCAUUAUGAUAUUGGUUAGUAAAUUUUUUAUUGUU